CGCGGCAGUGGCACUCUGGAAGCGACCCGCGACGACGAGCGGAAUGGAGGCGAGCACUGCUGAUGCGGAUCCCGAAGCAGCGAGCUGCAAUGGAGGCAGCGCCGUCAACGGCGCCAAGGGGCCCAAGGGAAAGGGAGACGAGCCUGAGCGAGGAAACUGGUCGGGCAAAGCGGAGUUCAUCCUCUCUUGCUUGGGCUACGCCAUCGGCAUCGGCAACGUCUGGCGGUUUCCGUACCUUUGCUACAGGAACGGAGGAGGUGCUUUCUUGGUGCCGUAUCUUCUCAUGCUCUUCCUCUGCGGAAUCCCUCUGUUCUUCAUGGAGACCGCACUGGGCCAGUUCGCCAGCACAGGAUGUAUAACUAUCUUCCGCAUCUGUCCUCUAUUCAAAGGUCAGUAUCCCGCGCACAGUGAAACCAAAAGACCCUUACAUGAUAGCUAUACAAUAGGUUUUAAAAGAUUUAGUCUAAACAUAUAUAUGAUUCCAAGUCAAGAAGAGACCUAA